CGUGAUCAUGAAUGACGCACUACCGUACCCUCUCUGUCCAUUUCUUCGUUCAGAUUCAGACCAUUGAUUCUGUCCUCUUCCGGCCGCUGCAUCGUACAAUGGCGAUAAAUUUUAUGCCCCAAGGAUUCUAUCUAUCUCUCUUCAUUCCUCUUGAAUGUGGGGCCGGCCUGUUAGUUGAUGCAUUUUUUUAACCUGCAUACUAUAUAUUGCGUAUUCUAGGUAACAUCGAUGGAUUGAUCGGAGAAACAGCCCUAGCUAGGUGUUAUGUUACAGCUAUUUGAUUCGGAGUUCCUGAAGAAGAAGAAAAGGCCAUGUACAUUCAAGGCUAGCUACAGCUAGCUGUAGGAACAAGAGGGAAGCACUAAACAACAAUAUAAAGAGGAGAUCGAGGAACCCAUUCUCUCAUCCCAUUCCCAUCUAUCUUUUCUCCGUUCCAUCUUCUUCUCCUGCUACCUAGUCUUCGGCUGCGAGCCGGCCGGCCGGCGCCAAGAACUCGAAGACAACCAGGAAUUCCUCUGCCGGGUACAAGAAGACACGUUGUUAUUGCAUCGCAUCGACCGAGAAAGCUAGUGUGGCGGUCGUGAUGAUGGCCAUGGGGUACUUCCGGGCGCCGAGGCGGCUGUACGGGAGGAAGCCGGCGGAGAGGGAGCACCGGGCCCUGCUGGUGGACGAGGACGACCAAGGCGAGGCGGCGGCGGCGGCGGGCGCGGUGCCCAAGGGCUACUUCGCCGUGUACGUGGGCGCGGAGUCCCGGCGGUUCGUGGUCCGCACCAGCUACCUCAGCCACCCGGCGUUCCGGGAGCUCAUGGAGCGCGCCGCGGAGGAGUUCGGCUUCGCGCAGGCCGGCGGCCUCCGCAUCCCCUGCCGCGAGGAGGACUUCCAGGCCACCGUCGCCGCGCUCGAGCAGUCCAGGCGUCGCGGCGGCAGGGCUCGGGGGUCGCCGGCGGCCGGACCGACGCGGUGGGCGCGUGCCAGCUAGCGUAUACCUCUCAUUAUCUUUGGCACGCAGCGAGAUCGUCGUGUGCGUUCUUCAGAUUUGCAGAUGCAGGCAUACAUGUAUCGAUCGAGCUGUGUAGAUAGCUAGACGACUUAGUACGGUGAAGUAGUGGUGUUCGUUUUCGUACAAAUUCUUUUGUAAACUGACGUAUGAUGAAGAUGAUAAAGGAAGAUUCGAUCAGAAUGUUUCAUGCAUGCAUCCAUGGAUGCCUUGUAGUACUAGUUGGUGCUGGCCUGGGAAUAAGCAUGACACCGGAGCCUCAAGAUUGUGCAUCUACAUGCAUGUGCUGCAAACGCGGUUCACUGGUAUUCAGGAGUAUUAUAUACUGUCUCAUCUCAGCUAGUGUGCUCUAGCCAUGUGCGACACUUCUUUUUCUCUACAACUCUCUUCCAAGUGUCAAUAAUGGAAAUUUGUAUUUCUCGACUAUAUAAAACGAUGGAAUACUUAAGAGUUUAAAUAUGGUAAGAUUGCAUUCAGAAAUUAGGAGGAUUGCCACCAAAACAUUUCCAUGCUACUAACGCAUCGCUACAGUAUAACCUAGGAAAAAAGAACUGUACAUGGGCAAAAAAAAAAA